AUGCUGUGGGAGACGGGCGCAUUGGCGAUCACACGGCAGCCCGUGCUGCAGGUUUUCCAAGCCAUGUUUGACUACGACAAAAGCAAAGACAGCGGCCUCCCGAGUCAGGGUCUCAGCUUCAGGUACGGAGACAUCCUCCACGUGAUCAACGCUUCCGAUGAUGAAUGGUGGCAAGCCAGAAGGGUCAUGCAGGAGGGGGACAGCGAAGAGAUGGGUGUUAUUCCCAGCAAAAGGAGGGUCGAAAGGAAAGAGCGAGCACGUUUAAAGACAGUGAAGUUCAAUGCGAAACCCGGCGUGAUCGAUGCAAAAGGGUCAUUCAAUGACAAGCGUAAAAAGAACUUCAUCUUUUCACGAAAAUUUCCAUUCUACAAGAACAAGGAGCUGAGUGAGCAGGAAACGAGUGACCCGGAACGAGGACAAGAGGACUGCAUUCUCUCCUACGAGCCAGUCACAAGGCAGGAAAUUAAUUAUACAAGACCGGUGAUCAUCCUUGGUCCAAUGAAAGAUCGGAUCAACGAUGACUUGAUAUCUGAAUUUCCUGACAAAUUUGGCUCCUGUGUACCACAUACAACUCGACCAAAGCGUGAUUACGAAGUGGACGGGAGAGAUUACCAUUUUGUCAUGUCUAGAGAACAAAUGGAAAAAGAUAUCCAAGAGCACAAAUUCAUAGAAGCCGGGCAGUAUAAUGAUAAUCUGUAUGGAACAAGUGUGCAAUCUGUGAGAUUCGUGGCAGAAAGGGGCAAGCACUGUAUACUUGACGUAUCGGGAAACGCCAUUAAGCGGCUACAAGCGGCGCAGCUCUAUCCCAUUGCUAUCUUCAUUAAGCCGAAAUCGUGGGAGCCUCUGAUGGAAAUGAAUAAACGCCUCACAGAGGAGCAAGCCAAGAAAACAUACGACCGAGCAAUGAAGUUAGAACAAGAAUUUGGAGAGUAUUUUACAGCUAUCGUCCAAGGAGAAACCUUAGAAGAUAUAUAUAACCAAUGCAAACUGGUAAUCGAAGAGCAGUCUGGCCCUUUCAUCUGGAUUCCCUCCAAGGAGAAGCUAUAA